GUACCUGGCAGGCAAGUAAGAGAGAGAAGAUGCAUUCCCUUGGAAUGGAUAAGUGAACAGGUUGAGUUGAGAAGAGAGGCCUAGAAACAAGACAACCCCUGUUGUAUUCUUAUUUGCAGAGUUGCAAAUAUGGCAAUGCUUUCUGCUCCACUUUCUCUCAAGUUUUCAUCAUCUAGACAUUCCUUUCCUCAACCACACCGCACUCUCCUUCCUACUCGUCUAGCUUCCACUCAUCCCAUAUUCACCUGCUCUGCUAGUAGUGAUUGUUCUUCUUCAAAAGACAUCUCGUCACAAUUUAAGGAACUCAGAAAUGUUGCUUGUGGGGUUCUAGCUGUUUGGGCUAUCACAACUGCCUCGCCUGUAGAUGCUGCUGCUAAUCCGAGGCUUCCCCCUUUGUCCACAGAUCCAGAGCGUUGUGAGCGUGCAUUUGUUGGGAAUACAAUAGGUCAGGCAAAUGGGGUUUAUGACAAGGCAAUUGAUCUCCGAUUUUGUGAUUAUACAAAUGAAAAAAACAACCUCAAGGGGAAAACACUUUCAGCAGCACUUAUGUCAGGUGCCAAGUUUGAUGGUGCAGACAUGACUGAAGUUGUAAUGUCCAAGGCUUAUGCCGUUGGAGCAAGCUUUAAAGGAGUAGACUUCUCAAAUGCAGUACUGGAUCGAGUUAACUUUGGAAAAGCCAACCUCCAAGGAGUAUCAUUCAGAAACACUGUACUGUCAGGCUCAACCUUUGAUGAUGCCCAACUAGAAGAUGCAAUAUUUGAAGACACCAUUAUAGGUUACAUUGAUAUCCAGAAACUGUGCUUAAAUAAGACUAUUAGCAAUGACGGAAGAGAUGCACUGGGUUGUAGGUAAUCGUGAGGCUACCUUGUGCUUGUUAUGAAUAUACAUAGGCCGCGGUUGUGAAAUUGUUGAUGAAUUGUAUAAGAGUGAGUUUGUAUAAUGUUUAAGGUACAUACAUUGCUUGUGGAAGCUUUAUAUAUAAACAUCAGAUUUAUAUACCA